UGUCAACAUUCAGAACGAUCAGACUCAUUAGGUUAAUUUUUAAAGUAACUAGUUUUAUUUUGCAAAAGUACAACAAACUAAAAAUUUUAAAACAAAAAAUGACAACUUUCAAACAAGUUCCUCUCACAUGUGGUGGCCAUACUAGACCAGUUGUACAUUUGGACUUCAGUGACGUUACAAAAGAUGGAUAUUUUUUGAUUUCGGCCUGCAAAGAUGGCAAGCCUAUGUUAAGACAAGGUGAGACUGGAGAUUGGAUUGGAACAUUUGAGGGCCACAAAGGUGCAGUGUGGGGAGUAGCUUUAACAGAAAAUGCCAAUUUAGCUGCUAGUGGGGCAGCUGAUUUUACAGCUAAAUUAUGGGACGCACGAUAUGGUGAAGUGGUUCACACAUUUGAUCACGAGCACAUAGUGAAAAGCGUCAACUUUAAUGCUGAUGACACUCUACUGCUCACUGCUAGCAAUGAGAAAAUCAUACGAGUAUUUGAUCUUAAUAAGCCAGAAGCAGGAUCCCUUGAAAAAAUAAGUGCGCACACAAACAGCAUAAGGCAUGCUGUCUUUUUACACAACUCGCGUAUAGUGAGUGUUAGCGAUGACCUUACGAUGCGCGUCUGGGAUCGCACAAGCGGCCAGGAGGUCAAUAAAAUUGAGUUCUCAACAAUACCUAACAGCCUAGAAUUAUCAAGAGAUGGAGCUGUAUUGACUGUAGCACACGGUACAAAUGUCUCGUUCUACUCGUCAGACACGAUGCGUAAGAUGCGCGAGUUCCCCGUGCCAACUAAAUGUUUUUCUGCGUCACUGGCUCCAAGUCGAGCGACUUUUGUAUGUGGCGGAGAGGAUCUCAAGGUGUACAAGUUUGACUACAAUACUGGCACUGAACUUGAAUCGAACAAAGGGCACUUCGGGCCGGUGCACUGCGUGCGCUGGUCGCCCGACGGCGAGCUGUACGCGACGGGCUCGGAGGACGGCACGGUGCGCCUGUGGCAGGCCGUGCCGGGCCGCGUGUACGGCCUGUGGCGCCGCAGCAACGAGCACCCGCCCAUCGCCAACGGCUUCAAGGAGGUCGCCGCCAACUGACACCACUUCGACUUACCCAAGUGAAGAGAAGAAGAUAAUGUGCAAUCAAAAUUGAGCGCUUGGUGGUUUAUACGACGGACCACGAACCUGACGGUAAUAGUCACCAGGCCAAGUGUUUGAUGUACAUACGAAAUGUGCGGGACGUAUAAAUCAAGACUUUAACGAUUGUCCAGUGUUUGUGUUGUUUAUUUUAUACGGCAACACUACUUUUUUAUACUCAAAUGCAAUGUAUUUAUUGUAAAAAGAAACUUAAAUAGACUUGAUAAUAUUAUGAAACGAAAUAAAGUGAUUUGUAAAUAAUAA